AGAGAGAGAGAGAGAGAGAGAAAUAUCAUAAAGCAAAAUAAAAAAUAAAAAAUUCAAACUCCACAAAUAAAGUACUCACACCCUUAUGUUAGUUGUUGGAAAAGAAAAGAGCGUGCCAGCACGAUUAAAGCUAGAAGUUACAAAUCAGAAUCUCAAUCACAAUGGAGCUAUAAACCCCUUUGAGAAGCCAACACACACUCUCUGCACUCUCUCCCUCUCUCUCUCUCUCUCUCUUCCCUUCACAAAACAAUGAAGAAGCUCUGUCCAAAUCUAGACAGAGAAGAUGGUCUUGAUACGGUGCUGGAAAUCCCGAUCCCUGAAGAAACUUUCGCAUCAAGCGGCAGCACAAAGAGCAGCAGGGGUACUGCAGGGUGCAGCAGCAUGCUGUCGUGGAUGCGAAGGCCCAACGGAGACCAUCACCGAUACCCUCCGCCAUCUCCGUUAGGCCAUGGCGCCGAGCUCCAGCUCAUGCUCGGUGUCAUCGGAGCUCCGCUAGUCCCUCUGCCCGUCCAACAAGCUCAAGCUUCCAUCAACGGUGGCCACAUCAAGAAGGAUCCAAUAGAGGCGUCGAUGGCGAAGUACAUUGUACAGCAGUACGUUGCUGCUGCCGGAGGGAAGGCGGCGUUGAGCGCUGUGAGCAGCAUGUAUGCGAUGGGGAAAGUUUGUAUGUCAGCCUCGGAGAUCUGCAAUAACGCUACUAUCAGCAACGCGAGUAGCAAGAAGGGAACGAAAAAUGGUGGAGGUGAGAUGGGAGGGUUCGUGUUGUGGCAGAAGAAGCCGGACGUGUGGUGUAUAGAGCUGGUGGUUUCUGGAAGCAAACUCAGCGCUGGGAGCGACGGCAAGGUAGCAUGGAGACAGGCUCAAUGGCAACAGUCCCAUGCCUCUAGAGGACCGCCAAGGCCUCUUCGUCGAACCCUUCAGGGUCUAGAUCCAAGGUCCACUGCAAGCUUAUUCUCCAAUGCUGUCUGCAUUGGGGAGAAGGCAAUCAACGGUGAGGACUGCUUUGUGCUCAGGCUCGAUGCAGAACCAAAGACACUUCGAGCACGAAGCAGCAGCAGCGUAGAGAUUAUUAGGCAUACCGUCUGGGGUUACUUCAGCCAGAGAACUGGCUUACUUGUGCAAUUGGAUGACUCCCAUCUCCUCAGAAUGAGAGGAGCAAACAAUGAGAGUGCGUAUUGGGAGACCACAAUGGAAUCAUUAAUUGAAGAUUAUCGGCAUGUUGAUGGCAUUAAGAUUGCGCACAGUGGAAGGACUGCGGUUUCCUUGUUCAGGUUCGGCGAGACUACAGAUGGACAUGUGAGAACACAAAUGGAGGAGAUUUGGACGGUAGAGGAGGUAGAUUUCAACAUACAGGGCCUGAGCAUGGACUGUUUCUUGCCUCCAGCAGACCUUCAGGAAGAAAAAGAAAGUAAUGGUGUGCCAUUGAAGAAUGGGCUUCCACCUAAGAGGAUACAUAAUGCUGUGAUAAGGCUCGGUUCUUCAAAGGUUGCUGCAAUUGAUAUCGUAGACUCGGUUUGUUUGGAGGAGGAAUAUGGGAGGCAAUGAACGACGACUUAUUUGGUUUUGUAAAUAUAGAAUCCAUGUAAAAUUUGGAAUUCGUGUGAUAGAAUUAGUUUCUUAGUAUUGGAAUUUGAUCAACUGGAGCUGGAGCUGAUACCGCUCUAUUCUAGUUUGGCGUCUCUUGUCAAAUCUAAUCUAAUGUCAGUUGAGUGACUUAAACCUGUUCAUGUUGACAGGAUAUGAUAUUAUUUAUAUAUAUCAGAGGAGGAUUUGCUAGAGCUAUAUUAAAGUUUCUCCGAGUUCAAACAGGUUAAAAUUUUCCAUUGUGAAAGCUACAGAAAGAGAAACUGAAAUAGAAGCAAAGAUCCGUGUUGUCUCU